ACGUUGUUGUUCUUGUUGUUGUUGUUGUUGUUGCGAUAUAUAGAUAAUUUUGAAGAAGUUGCUAAUCCUGGUCGUGUCUUGCCUGAAAACGACCCAACGUGGAAAGCAGGAGGAACAACAUUACAAGGAUACAGCUCCCAACACUUCACCACUGCUGACCCAAUCAAGGUUGAUUCUUCAAAGAAGGUUGAAUUGCUGUUGAGGCUUGUAGCAAGGUAAAACGUCUUUUCUUUUAUUAUUAUUAUUAUUAUUAUUAUUAUUAUUAUUAUUAUUAUUAUUAUUAUUAUUAUUAUUAUUAUUAUUAUUAUACAUAACUUAUAACCUACUAGAGAAUAAUACCCAUUGUAUUCUUUUUGCGUAGCUCAAAAAUGGUUUGUUUUUGUUACCCCCCUAUUACGUUCUUUUUCAGAGAGGACGAGACAGACCUUGUUUUUCCAAAAGACAGGUGUAAACCACUGUCCACUUUGUGUCCGCCAGCUGUACCAGAGUAG